UCUAUAAUAUAUUAUAGAUAAUAAAUUAACAAUUUUGAAGACAACAAAGGAAUAUUUAAAAUAAUGGAAUAUAUCUCACUAUUUGAUUUAUCAAAUUAAUUGUUAUUAAUACUUCGGAUAUAUUAUCGAAGAUAAAGAUUUGCCAUUGUUCCUUUAAAUUUUAUAACUUGAAACACAAAGUAAACAUUUUCAAACCUAUUAUUCAUUACAUAUAUUCAGUGAAAAUCAAAUUAUCAUAUUUGAUUGUUAAUUUUAUUAUUUUAUUUUUCUGUAGUGUAGUGAAACAGUUUGAAUAAAAAAGUUAUUUCAAUAUCACUAAUAUAAUGCUGAAGUCGGACGCACUAACUCACUCACGUUGGUAUACAACAGGUGAUACAUACCCCUCUAUCAAUAUACAAUCCAUUAUAGAGAUUGAAAAAGAAUUGGAACCAUACGACCUCAUAUCACUUGUAUUUCUAUUGUACGAUGUUCCUGAGACGGCCUUACAGCGACUUAUUAUAUUUCAACGGGUAUACAAGGAUAUUGGCGGUAGCAACUCCAAUUUAUUACAGGAAUGGGCGCGUCACGCCCAGAAUCGGGAUAUGUGGAAGCAUCAAUUUCUAGAGGCACUUAUUACAUGCCAAAUAUACAAUGUGGUCAGAAAACUUGGCUUCAAUGUAGCUGCAGUCAAGAAACAGUAUCAGGAAAAUGGUGAACACUUUAUUAAUCCUAUGAAAAAGUUACUGUAUAAGUUAUGUGAAAAUAUAGACUCGGAAAAACUGCAUAAACUAAAAAAAACUCUCUCAACUUAUAGCAUCGACACUACUAUGUUUGAAAGUUGUGAAUUGAUUUUUCUAGAUUUAAUGUGUAGGAAGUUCAUUGAGGUACAGCAAUAUCAAUAUGCACAAAAAAUCACAGGCAAUGAAUAUAAUAUAGAAAAUUUAGCAAAGAUAAUAGAGAACUUCUCUGGUUUAGAGGACUUUGCCAAACAACUAAGAGAUUUGGAAGCAAUGACUAAAACAGAGGGAAGAGACAUACACUCACAUCCUGAUGUUCCUCCAUCAGCGGUAAAUAAAGAUGAACUAACAGUAAAAGAGGACAAAGUUGAAGACAAAUUUACACAUAAAAUGUUUGAUGAUACCUUUGAUCUCAUAAAUGAGUUUAUGGGAAAAUUAACCAUGGAUGGCUUAGCAACUGAUAAACUGAAUAAUGAUACAUAUUGUAUAAAAAACCCGAGUAAAGUCGGAGUGUGUUAUAUCUUAAACCAAGAAGAUUUUCAUCCUUCUAAAAGUAGUAUUGAGAGUAAGGGUAAUUUUAAACCAUUAGAUAAAAGGAAGGGUUCAACAAAAGACAAAUUGGCAUUAGAAGAGACUAUGAGUAAGCUGAACUUUGAAGUAAUUACCCGUGAUAAUCUAGAUAGACAAACUAUGCUUGAAGAUAUAAAGAAUGUGAUCAAAUACAGAGUGCAAAAAUAUCAUAGUAUGUUCAUGUUGUGCAUAUUGUCCCAUGGAAUAAAAGGUCAUGUAUAUGCAGCUGAUUCUGUCAAAGUUAAAGUUGAAGAGAUUGAAAGUUUAUUGGAUUGUGAUGAGGUUAAUCACCUCCGUGGUAUGCCAAAAGUGAUAGUGCUCCAAGCAUGUCAAGUUAGCAAUGAAGACCAAUAUCAAGAUGUUGAUCUAGCUGCUGAUGGACCUAAAUAUUAUAUAAAAAAGUCUGAUGUCCUGAUAUAUUGGGCCACUGCACCCGAUUAUGAGGCCUAUAGAAUAGAGGCAUAUGGAUCAUUGUUUAUACAAAUAUUAUGUUCAGUUAUACAAAAAUAUGCAGACAAAGACCAUUUGUGUGAUUUAUUUUUAAAAGUUAACUACAUAGUUCAUAAAGCCUGUACAAAAUUGUGUUGUGAUCAGUUGCCAAAAAUAGAAAGUACGUUGAAAAAAAAAUUAUACUUGAAAAGGCUUGCAUAAUAAGUGAUAGUAUUUUAAGAUGACAAAUCUCAUUUUAAAUCAGUUUUAAGUUUCUUUUAUAUAAACUGAAAUAUUAAUAUUGUGUAUGAAAAACUUGUUUUAUAGUAGAAAAUUGUAUAAAAAUUAGUUAACUUAUAUUUAUAAAUAAUUCUUGAAUAUAUAUAUUUACAUAAC